CGUGAAGUGAGGAUGAGGCCGCGGGAGGAGGCAGCUGCCCCGGUGCCCCCCGAGAGCCCCCGCUCCUGCAGAGCCAUGUCUCGACCCUGGUGGGCUGUGCCGCGCUCCGGGCAGCUUUGAAGUGAGAGGAGGUGGUUGUGUUUAGAAAGGCAAGAGAUGAACUGAAGAUUCAACAUGUACGGGAAUUAUCCUCACUUCAUUAAGUUUCCCGUGGGCUUUGGCAAUUCCCCUGUUCACGCCAGCUCCACGUCCGUGAGCCCAUCGUCGAGCCUCUCCGUGGGCAGCGCAGUGGAAGGGCACCACAACUACCUCGAGGCACCCACGAAUGCCUCCCGGGCGCUGCCAUCCCCCAUGAACGCCAUCGGGUCUCCGGUGGGUGCGCUGGGCUCGCCGUACCGGGUCAUCGCAUCCUCCAUCGGCUCACAUCCCGUCGCUCUGUCCUCGGCCCCGGGCAUGAAUUUUGUGACGCACGCUGGCCCACAGCUCAAUGUCCUCAACAACAUCAGCAGCUCGGAGGAUGUCAAGCCCCUGCCAGGUCUCACGGGGAUGGGGAACAUGAAUUAUCCAUCUACAAGCCCAGGUUCCUUAGCCAAACACAUCUGUGCCAUCUGUGGGGACAGGUCCUCAGGGAAGCACUACGGGGUGUACAGCUGCGAGGGCUGCAAAGGCUUCUUCAAGAGGACGAUCCGGAAGGACCUGAUCUACACCUGCCGGGACAACAAGGACUGCCUCAUAGACAAGCGCCAGCGCAAUCGCUGCCAGUACUGCCGCUAUCAGAAGUGCCUCGCCAUGGGGAUGAAGAGGGAAGCUGUGCAGGAGGAGAGGCAGAGGAGCAGGGAGCGGAGCGAAAACGAAGCUGAGUCCACAAGCACUGGCAGUGAGGACAUGCCCGUGGAGAGGAUCCUGGAAGCAGAGCUGGCCGUUGAACCCAAGACAGAGGCAUACAGUGAUCUCAACACAGAGAGCUCAACGAACGACCCCGUCACCAACAUCUGCCACGCUGCUGACAAGCAGCUCUUCACGCUGGUGGAGUGGGCCAAGCGCAUCCCCCACUUCUCUGACCUGACGCUGGAGGACCAAGUCAUCCUCCUCCGGGCAGGCUGGAAUGAGCUGCUCAUCGCCUCUUUCUCCCACCGCUCCGUGUCGGUGCAGGACGGCAUCCUCCUGGCCACGGGCCUGCACGUGCACCGCAGCAGCGCUCACAGUGCUGGCGUGGGCUCCAUCUUCGACAGGGUUUUGACAGAGCUGGUGUCCAAAAUGAAGGACAUGCAGAUGGAUAAGUCAGAGCUGGGCUGCCUGCGAGCCAUUGUCCUGUUUAAUCCAGAUGCCAAGGGCUUGUCCAGCCCCUCGGAAGUGGAGUCGCUGCGGGAGAAGGUCUAUGCCACGCUGGAAGCCUACACGAAGCAGAAGUACCCCGAGCAGCCAGGGCGGUUUGCCAAACUCCUCCUGCGCCUGCCAGCGCUGCGGUCCAUCGGGCUGAAGUGCCUGGAGCACCUCUUCUUCUUCAAGCUGAUCGGCGACACCCCCAUUGACACCUUCCUCAUGGAGAUGCUGGAGACGCCCCUGCAGGUCACUUGAGAAGGGUCUGCCUCCCCCCCCCCCCGUCCCCAUACAGCCUCCCACCCCUCUGCUCUGGGUCCGUGACAGCUCGAGAGAUGUCCUCCACCCUCCACUCCUCCUCGGUGGGAUUGUCGUGUCUUUGUACAGCUGUAAAUCACCCCCCUCUAACCCUCCCUGGAGUGGUCAGGGAUCCUCCACCCAGCUAACCAGCCACCUGCCCCCCUGUACAGAUAAUUGCUUUAAAUUAUUUUUUCACUCUCAAUAAAAGCCAACAGAACAAAUAAAAUAAUAUAAGAGAGGCACUGAUGGGAGCCUGCA